CAAGGGUUGAAAGGAGAGAAGCAAUGGGAAGAAAGGAAGAAGAGAGACGCCGAGGAGGCGAAAAAGAGAAAGUGGGAGAGUCAUGGCUCCCAAGGUUCCAACAAAAAGGGGAACCACGGAGGAGGAUCUUUCCGGGCACCACCGCCACCAUAUAGGGGGAACCAAGGCCCGAGUGGGCAAGGCGCGAGGUCACAAACCUCAGUGGUAGCUCGUUGCAACAAUUGCAAGAAGAACCACUCCGGUAAAUGUCGCGACCCCCCUAGAUGUUUUCAAUGCGGGGAUGCCGGGCAUUUGAAGGCACAUUGCCCACAAUUGAGUGGGGCAAGGACAUCGGGACCGAGUAGCGGUCCGACGGGUACACGGAAUCAAACCGGAGCUUCUCAAGCGAGCCGGGGACAUGGGGGAGCGAGUACGAGCACCGCGCCAUCCGUGAAUCAAGGAAGAACUCAAGCUAGAGUUUAUGCGAUGACGGAGGCGGAUGCUCGAGCUAACCCGGACUCGGUUGCAGGUUGAGGCUAGAGCUUGCUUCCUGUGCUCGUGGAUCGAGUGAUUCCUUGGAGAGAAGACUUGGUUCGUGCUUCCUCCAUUCUGUUUUUAAAUAAUUUUAAACUUGCUCAUGGAUAUUUUACUUUAGAGCCUGCGUGCUCAUGUUUGCCCUGUGUGGCCCUUUUGUUUUAAACAAUGUUUUCCGCUGCGUAUUCAAUUGUUUAUUAUGUAUGUUUAUGGAUGACUUAUGUGUGAAUGAUAUUCAUGACGCCUUGUAUAAUAUGAAUGUGUUGGACUGCGGUUGACUAUUCGUAUCGUACGGCGGGUUGUUGACGUGUCCGGGGAGGUCCGGGGCGUGACAUUAGUAGUUUAGUCUUAAGUUAAACACAGUGGUAUGAAGAGUACUCUCUAUGUAUUCACUUAUCUUGCAUUUGUAUUUAUUCCCAAAUGAUUUAGUCAGUGGAUGAAUUCAAUGAAUUAAAUUGGACAUCGAGAAUUCAAUUCUACAUUUAC